UUAUUUAAUGCGCUUCGUUCUAUAACAAAAAAAAUUGUAUACAAUCAAGUAAUUUUCACCGUCAAAAACGAAUGAAUUAAGAAGCAUUUGCUCAUGGUUUCAUGCAACAGCUGAACGAACAUUUUCAAAGCAUACAUAAAUUCGACAACACAUUUUUAAAUAAAGAUUGAAGUUGAUUUCAUUCGGAAAAACCCGAUUUAUGUGCAACAGUCAAAAUCUUGAUUGUGUUUUGUGGUGUAAUUAAGGGUCGAAACGGCAACAGAAAAAAAAAACAUAAUGAGUGAUUUACAGCAGACUGCCUCAAAUGAACUAUUCUAUCUGAAAUGGAGCAAUUUUCAGCUAAAUGUAAGUUCUGAAUUCAAAAAGAUUCAAGAGGCAUCUGAUUUGGUGGACAUUACAUUUUCAUGUGAUGGAAAACAAUUUGGCGCUCACAAAUUGGUAUUGUUUGCAUGCAGUCCGUAUUUCAGAGAAAUAUUGAAGAAAAAUCCCUGUUCGCAUCCAGUUUUCUUCAUAAAUGGCGUGAAAAGUGAGGUUUUACGUGCAAUUUUGGAUUUUAUGUAUAUGGGUGAGGUGCAUAUAAACAACGAGGACUUAAUUGAUUUCAUCGAAAUGGCCGAACAAUUUAAAAUACGUGGUGUGACCAAGGAGAACUCGGAUGCAAGUCUAUCAAACUUACGACGAACCGAAAGUAGUAUGCAAGAGAAGCAACGAAAACACAAGAAAAUUCGUUUGGAUGAUUUAAAUGAAGGGACCACUCCAAACGAUGGUGGUAUGAUUGAAACGAAAACGGAAAUCGAAUUUGGUGAUCAAUCAUCUCAGGCAGCAAACACUUAUGGCGGUGGUAAUGUUGAUUAUGGAAAAUCACAUCAACGAAUGGUAUACGACGAUGCUGGACCAAGUAGUGUAUCGCACAAUGAACAAUGGCUUGAUGACAAACAUUUUAUGGCACAACAUGGACCGAAUAGCAGCAAUCCAACGUCAAAUACAUCAUCGAAUAGUGAUGAUGGUGACGGUCAACAACGAUGCAAAUCAUCAAAAAACUAUAAAGCACUUGAACCAUGCUCAUGUCCAUUGUGUGCACGCGUCUAUUCAAAUGUUUCGAAUUUACGGCAGCACAUGCGACUCAUUCAUAAUCCAACGUCAGUUUGUUGUCCAUUAUGUCAAAAGUCAUUUACAUCAGAUCUAUACCUCAAGCGUCAUUACUUAUCGAUGCAUGGCAGUUCAAUACCUGCACAAACCGUAACAAAUGCACAAACAAACUCAUCUCUACAAUCGACACAACCGACAUCACAGCAACAACCACCGCAAUCACAACAAUCUCAAGCACAACAGCAAACACACUCCGUUGAUCCGAAACAUGUGAAUCCAAGCAAUGCAAUUCCAUUUCAUUUGUAUGGCACACCAACGAAACGUGAAUAUGCCGAUCUGCAUACAAAUACCUCACAGGCAUCCGCAAAUCCGGUUACAGUCGAUGGUAAACAAACGCAAAUGUCACAAUGGGGCUACGAUACAAAUAAAGUUGAAUAGAUGACUUGGGGUUGACGUAAAUCUAUUGUUUGACAACAAUCAAAUGUAGUUGUACCAUUUAACGAUAUACGAUACACAAUGACGUUGAUUGAAUAAUGUGAAAAAAAAAUGCAUGCAUUGGUCACAACUAAGCACAUAUAAUCCUAUAAAUUCAAAUGAGUGAGAAAUCAAUUUGAAAUCAUGAUACGCUAAAUUAGUGAAAUUUCGCAGUGAAUAUUCGAAUAAACAUCAUUUUUUUAGUAAAUUCAAUCAUAUUGUAAGAAUAAGUUUCGAUGUAAAUGGAAUUUUUAAGUAUCACUUUAUCUUAGUUAUUCAUCAUCCAUCACAAUUAUACACAUCUAAAUAUAAUAUUAUAUAAAAAUGAUUCCAAAUGGACAGCUUAAAUUCCAUCAAAAGGAAUACCAUAUUAAUGGCUAUGGAACUUCAUAUUAUGAUUUUAUGCAAAUACAUUUUUAUUUUUCAAUGUACAAAAAGCUUUCAUCAAUCUAUUAAGAGUAGCUAUUUUCAUUUUCAUUUUUUUUCCUUCUGCAAAAACAUUUUAAUAAUAAUUAAAAGAAAGUAUAUUAUUGGCACUUGUAAAUAAGACUUAUACGACCAGAAGAUGCAGCGAAAAUCAUUAAGUCGGGAUCGCUAAUUCUUUGGUCGAAUUCGUUCAAAUAAGCGUACUUAAUAUAUAUCUUAUUAUUUGUUCAACACAAAUGUAAGCACAAAAUGAAGAUGUCUUCAAAUGAGACAAUGAACAGAUGAGGCCGAGUAUGAAUCAUAUAAUCGUGAUCACAAUAGGUUCAUUUAUAUAAUUGAAACAAAUGAUUCAUUUUACAUGCUGAACACUUUUAGAAAAAUAAAUAAAUAGUAUAUAUUUUGAAUGAUGAUUCCUAUAGGAUUAUAAUCAAAUUACAUCACAUCUUUCCUUCUUAAUAGAAAAUACAAGAGAAAAGACAUCAUUUUCUUAAUAACGCAAAUAAAAAUAUAUGUAUACAUAUGUAAGAUGCAAUUUAAUGUGAGAACCAAGUAAUAAAAUAUCUACAGAA